CUCUGUCUGCUCCUCUCAGUCCGAUCUCCUACCGGCCCGACCUCCGCUUCUGCCCGGCCAGACACCUAGACAGACCCCGCCGACUCCCGGGACACUCAGGGUUGAAAAAAAAAAGCAAAAAAAAAAACCCCGGGACACAACUGAGAAAACAGUUAGCGUGGCUGUGUGUUUUAUUUGGACAGACACUGGCCGGCCGCAUUGCAGCAUCUCAUAGAGUAUCUCGUCUGCUGUUUUUCUUUUUAACCCCUCAUCUGUAUUUUUCUUCGGAAGAAAAACAAACUUUAUACUCAAUGGAAAGAUGUAAAAAUCAGUCCGGAUACUAAAGUUGGACAAACCGAGAACAACCAGCGGACUGGGGCACUCUCAACGGGACCGUUAGGUUUUUAGCUAGCUAGGUCGGACACCGAGGACUUUGAGAAAAGCGAGAGAGAGAGAGAGAGAGAGAGAGAAAGAACAAACGUAAUUUCCUGAACCGGAGCCCCAUUUUACGCUACACUACGGAGAAAAACACCGAAGGAAGAUGAUGUUGGCUCUGAGCGACUGGUUCUGGCAGGAGCGGCUGUGGUUUCCAGAGGGCCUUGGGUGGGCCGACCUGGAGGAUCGGGAUGGACGGGUCUAUGCUAAAGCCCGUGACCUGUGGGUGGCACUCCCCAUCGCAUUCGUAUUCCUCGUUAUCCGUCAGAUCUUUGAAAGGACGGUGGCGACACCUUUGGCCUCUCUACUUGGGGUGAAAGAGACAGUACGGCUCAAAGCCCCUCACAUCCCCACACUGGAGUCCUACUACUGUAACAUUACCAAAAACCCCACACAGACUUCAGUAUUGAGCCUCUGUAAGCAGACUGGCUGUUCAGAAAGACAAGUGCAGCGAUGGUUCAGGAGACGGAGGAACCAGGACAGACCGAGCUUACUGAAGAAGUUUCGUGAGGCCAGUUGGAGAUUUACCUUUUACCUUCUUGCUUUCAUUGCUGGCCUGGCCGCCCUCAUCGAUAAACCUUGGCUGUAUGACCUGAAGGAGAUGUGGCAAGGCUUUCCUGUGCUGACUCUCCUGCCAUCUCAGUAUUGGUACUACAUGAUCGAGCUGGGUUUCUAUGCCUCUCUGCUGUUCAGUGUUGCUUCUGAUGUCAAACGUAAAGAUUUCAAGGAGCAGAUUGUUCAUCAUGUGGCGACCAUCCUUCUCAUCAGCUUCUCCUGGUGUGUCAACUACAUCCGUGCUGGAACACUCAUCAUGCUGGUGCACGACUCUUCUGAUUACCUCCUCGAGUCUGCAAAGAUGUUCAACUAUGCUGGCUGGCGAAAUGCCUGUAACUACAUCUUCAUUGUGUUUGCUGCAAUGUUCAUCAUCACUCGUCUUGUCAUCUUCCCCUUCUGGAUUAUUUACUGUACAUGGGUGUAUCCAGUGACCAUCUAUCAGCCCUUCUUUGGCUACUACUUUUUCAAUGGCCUGUUGAUGGUGCUACAGUGUCUACAUAUCUUUUGGGCUGUCCUCAUCAUACGCAUAGCUUUGCGCUUCCUCACCAACAAUGAAAAAGUGGACGAUGAAAGGAGUGACAAAGAUGAAACAGAUGAAUCAGAAGAGGACGAAGAGGUUGAGGAUAAAAAAGACAUGAAGAAAAACGGACCAGUGCAGAACGGUCACACGGUUCACAACAACAACCACAGCAAGACAGAGUGAAAACAACCACGUGUUAGGAAAAAAAGAAUGUGAGAAGGACUCAUAUCCCUCAGUGGGGGCACGGGAGGGAGGGAUAAAGAGAGAAAAGGAUGAAGGGAUGUGGGUAAACGAGGGAUAAGGCAUUCCCUAAAACCAAGAACAGCAGGUAUCCGAAGAAAUAUAACACUGUUCCUUUUGCACAACACAAAAAAAUCAAACACAUUCAUUCAUGUUUAGAGGGCACAAGGAUCUGGCAGGUGUUAUUCACUACAUUCAGUGACUUUGCUUUUUGCUUUGUCACCAGAGAAACGAACCAGUGUCAGUGUGUGAUGUCAGUCCCCAAAAUAUCAGAGACAGGGAAGAAAACGGAGACAUGUGAAGAGAAAACAGGAGAGGAGUAAUGCUGCUUCUACUAUAGCUUUCUAUGUUGUAACUGUGUGCCUUAGAGCCAGCUGAUAGCUGAUAAAAUGCCAUUUUUAAGCUUUCUGCUUUAAUCUGUGUUGCUUUAUUUCAGUGUACCUUUUGUUUCCCACUUACAGAACAAAAGAACAAAAUCAUGAGUUUUAUAAAAGUAAGAAAAUGGGGCAUUUAAUCCCUUAAAUUUUUGUCUAUGCAAUUACCUAAGUGAUCAGCUAUUGCAACGUCUUUGCACAAAACAACAGUGUCCUAUAUCAUUUAAUAACUUAGAUGCAGAUUAUGUUUUCAUUUACUCCUCUCUGCAGCCUGUGCCAUUUAGUAAUAGUCUGCCUUGAGAGGUAUGCAGUGAAUUUGGAGUAAAUUUGGUUUCAGUUCUGAAGGUGAAUCAAACUGCAAGAGCAGGAAAAAUCCAGAAAUAAGUGUUGUGAUAGCUUUACAGAGCUGAAUGUGUUUGUGCCAGCCACUGCCAAAUAUUGUCUCACUAUUAAAAAACUGCAUAGGAGAAUAGCUCUGUUUGGGCUUGUCCAGAAUUUACAAACAGGUGGCAGAUUUCUUUAGUUGCUUUUGUCACGUUUCUUAACCUUCGUGAGAAUUUAGAUUAAUGAAUGAAACGGGUUUGCAGAUGAUUGAUGCUUUUUAAAAGGUGUUUGUACCACUUCGGUGUUUCAGUUGUGAGGUGGAAUUCAUGAACUAGUGAGUAUUGCUGAUUCAUUUUUAUGCUUUAAAGUUUUUGUAUGUCAAGUGCCUUAUAUGUAAUGUGCAGGAAGCGCCUCUCCUUCUCCUGUUUUCACACCGUCAUCAUUUUCUUUUCUGCCUUCAUUUCACUUCACGGAUUAAACUCUAAACUAGAUUGUCCCCCCUUCCUUGCUGCUGUCUCAUUCAUCACUUACCCCUCUCAUCUACUUUCUGUUAUUUUUUUUUUUUUAAUGACAAUUUUAAACUCACACACAUUCAACCACCUCGUUCUUUUUAUUAACACAGAAACCAACCAGCAACCUCUCUUUCCCGGGGAUACAGAAGAACAGUGUCCUAAUUACAGUGUUAUUUUUUGUUUUUCUAUCUUUUUUUUUUUUAAUGAUGCCUAAGUAUUGUUAUUAAUAAUAAAAGCAAAGACCAUGAAUCACAAUAAA